AUGGCACGCCAGACGGCGAAGUUCCUGGUCGCGCUACUGCCAGCGAUCGUCGGUCUGACCCUCCUCCCUCUAUCUCGCUACCCCGCCACCGCGACCUUCUGGCGUUCUGCGACUCCGUCCUCCGAACAUCCCUUCGUAGAUGAGGGCCGCUGGGCCAUCACACCCGAGAUCGACGCGUAUGCGCGGAAGGUCCUCGAGGCGGAAGGCGUCCCCGGGCUCUCGAUCGCUGCUGUCCGGCUGUCUGAGGCAGGCGAGGUGCAGACCGACUGGACUGCAUGGGGCCGGAUGACGGAGGAUGGAGAACCGGCGACCGCGGACACGCUGUACAACAUAGGCUCGUGUUCCAAGGCGUUCCUUGUCACGGCGCUUGGUCUCCUCAUGGAGGACUAUGCUCUUGGACGGAAUGUCACUGCACUCCCACGCGGGAUGGAGCAGUUCAACUGGGAGACGAAGAUUCGGGAAAUGUUCGACACGCAAUCUCCUCUGAUAUUCGCUGACCCUUGGGCGAGGUCCCAAGCUAGCCUUCUGGAUGUGCUAUCGCACAUGUCGGGAAUAGGCAGACGAUCGCUUUCCUGCAGCCAAGAAUUCGUUUACAGCGACAUGGACUCACCUACAUCCGUUCUUCAGCGCGUGGAACACCUACGACCUGCUUACGAACUGAGAGAACGAUUCUCUUACACUAACAUAUUCUACACCAUAACCGCGCACGUCAUCGCAACCUACUCUGGCAUCUCAUACGAGUCGUUUGUCAUUGAUCGGAUCUUUGCGCCGCUCGGGAUGACGUCCACCACGUAUGCACACGCGGAAGCAAUCGCGAAUGGACGGCUGAGCCAUAGCUUCACCACAACCGGGAGACGCGUGCCCUUCUGGCUCGGGAACAACGCAACAACUGCAUGGGCUGGUCCGGCGGGUAUAAUGUCGAACGUAGUCGACAUGAGCAAAUGGCUCGCAACCUUAUUGAAUGGUGGCAUCAAACCAAGGACAAAUACCACCAUUAUCCCGCUGUCUGUGUACGAGGAGAUGACGACUGCUCGUGCGGUCGUCUUCGGCGCCCCGCGGCAUCCCUAUUUGACCAUCGAAGGUUACGGGAUGGGAUGGGAACGCCAGUCGUUCCAGGGACACGACGUUGUCAGCCACACCGGACGCAUGCCCGCUCACCUGAGCGAGGUGUUCUUCCUUCCUUCAGAUAGACUCGGCGUCGUCGCUCUUUCAAAUGGGGACCUGCCCCAAGAAGCCUACCACAAGAUCGCCAUGCGUGUGAUCGAAGAUGCACUCGCGCUACCGCACAUCGCGGACCCAGACGAACAGCCACCCCAGAACGACACGUCAACCCAGGACGAGCCUCACACCGACUCAGAGAACGCGACCGUCGUCCUCUCCGCAUCUCUAGCACGAUACGCAGGCACGUACGCCAAUCCAGCGUACGGGAACUUCACCCUAUGCGCGCCGACGACAACCUCAGCGUACUGCGCCCGCGUCCUCGCCGACUUCGCCGCCUGCGAUGAGCUGCACCCACACCCCGCGCUCUACGGGGCCUACCCCCGGUUCAUAUCCUCGCACGUCCGCCUCACACCCAACCCUACCGAGCGCCCCCCACGUUCCGAGGACCUGGUUUGCCGCGAAAGCGUCGACAUGUGGGACCUGGAGUUCACGAGCCUCUUCCCACAGGGGUACGGGCGGAACGCGACGCCGUUCGUGCACCGCGUCUUGGGUGGCAUGGCUAUGGAUGUACGGUGCGCGGUGCACGCGGGGGUCGUCGCGGGGUGCGGGAUCUUUAAUGUGACGAGCGAUGCUGAGAGGAUGCUGAGGGAGGGGAUUGUGAGCGAGGUUGCGGACGUGUGGUUCCGGAGAAUCCACUGA